AUGCGCAAUGGCUGGCAGCUAGUGGAGACCGACUGGCAAUCAGUGUGCGCAACGUACCUGGAGACCAUUCAACAGUGGCUGCCAAUGCUGAGCAGGAAACGAUUGCACAACGACCUAGCAAGUCUUGCAGUCGACCGGAAGCCCGCCGAGACGCUUCUUAUACUGUGUAUGAAGCUUUGCACGCAAGGAAUACAAAGCUCUGACGGCAGCGAACAACACGACGUCGAUGAAUUGUACAAUACAGCGAAGCAGUGUUGCUUCUACGCGGAGUCCGGCGGCUUCGUGUCUCUACGGCUGGUCCAGUCGCUCAUCCUCCUGGCCGUCUACGAGCUAGGCCAUGCGAUAUAUCCGGCAGCAUAUCUCACCAUUGGGCGUGCGUCGCGACUAGCAGGCAUGAUGGGCCAACACAGUCGAACUAGCGCGCGGCAGCUCUUCAUCGACCCCGACACCUGGACAUUGCGCGAGGAACAGCGGCUGUUAUAUCAGCUGGGUAGUAUCGGCUCCAACGAGCCACUUCUCGCUGGGUCUUUCCACACAGGCACGUCUCUUGGACCUUUCGCACAGACCUGCCAGGCUGCGUACAUGUUGGAUAAAGUCAUGACGCACCUCGACCGAUGUAGGCGCAGCGAUGACCAGAAUGUGACAGAGAUGCUGGCGGAGGCUAUGCAGCUGCACAGGGCACUCUUGGCCCUUGAUGCGAGCCUUAACCUGCCCGGCAUGCUCAGUACACAUUCGUAUCCGAGCACAGACACACGAUCCCACAUCCAGGACCAAGGGGGACAAAAUCAGUGCGCCAUAGCACUCUGCUGCUCGGCGCGAACGCUUCUGUACGACGAGUAUGGAUGCAAUGAACCAGAUGCGAGGAUCAUCAACAGAGAGCGCAUAGCGAUGGAAACGGAGGCUCAGAGAGUUGCAUUUCGGGGAGUCGAGGUCAUGGCGGCAAUGACUAUUCCACGGAUGGCAAGGCUGGUUGUGCAAACUUCAGCUGCGGCGCUGGUCAUGCCCAGCAUCAGUCCACUUCUCGGGUAUUGCUUGUAUCUCGGUGCGACGGAAUGCGCGUGGUUCAUCAGGGAGAACCACGAACGCAACAUGUAUGCGGCGCUGAGACAGAUCAUUCAGGGGCUUCGGGUAUUGAAUGCCCAGUGGCGAGUCGGCGGUGAGUAUCUUGCUUUGUUGGAGAAGAGUAGCGUUCUCAACUUGGUGGACGAUGGCGAGGCCGUCGCCGACUAG